GCCAAUGAGGAUGAGCCUGAGCAGGUCUGAUCCUCUUCCUGACCACCUGUUGCAUCUUAGCGUUUCUCGCAAGCCUCCACGCAAAACAUGUCCUUGAAAAAGAUUCUUUCAUGUCCAAUUUGCCGACAGUGGAACUAAUUCCGUCAAAAUGUCCGUCACGACUCUCCCCCUGGUUUUAAUGAACCUCGGAGGAGAGAUGCUUUAUAUCCUGGAUCAACGUCUGCGAGCUCAAAGCGCUUGUGAGGAUAAAUCCUGUGAAAAAGCUGCUCUCGUGUGGUCGGAAAAUGACAGAAAAAGAGUGAUGAACGAUAUUAUCGGAACGAUGUUUAGUAAAGCCUUCAUGGACGAACUCCUCAAACCUCAGCCGAUGUAUUCGCACAGAACCAUGAAAGUGGUGCUGACUCGCUUGGCACAUGUUUCUAUUAUGAAGCUCAACCCGGUUAGCAUGGACAAGCUCUACGAGUUGAUAUUGAUGGCCUUCAAGUACCAAGUUUUCCACUGUCCUCGCCCUAAAGACCUGCUUCUCAUCUCAUACAAUCACAUCGACAGCAUCCGCCAAUUUGUCAAAGACACGCCCGCCAUUCUAAACAAAGUGGAUGAAACUCACAGGAAGAUCAUUGAGGUCUACUCGUCUGUAAGCGAGGGUGAAUUCCAGCUUCUCCGCCAAACGCUGCUCACGUUCUUACAAGACACGCAUAUCCGCGUGUCCAUUUUCCUGAAAAACAAAAUCCAAAACCCUAACGGACGUUUCGCCAUGCCCACCUCAGGCCCGGUUCCUCACGGAAUGGACGUUCCUGGCACAAUUAGAAAUUUUGACAAUAAAGGACGAGAAACACGUCGCUACCGGUUCCCUACGGGUGGGAAUUACUGCCAUCCGGUUAAAGACGCAUCAUUCGGCCUACACGGAGAACGAGUCAUCAAACUUGGCGUGAACAUGUAUUGCAUCAAUUUUGAAGAUUCAUCCAAAGUUCCUAAAAUGGAGACAGCUAGCAUUUCCAACCCGCUAGCUAAAGAAGAACUCAAUCUUCUCGCUCGUUUGAUGGGAACGGUCGAAGUUGAGAACAUUCCCGGUUCCGAAACCGGUUUUCACUUCAACUUACUCGUUUUGACCCAAGAGGAAGACGCAGAUGCUGCUUCAGGUGGAGCCGAGGAGUCGUUCGGAGUUGUGAACAUAAAACCCCUACAGGAUGAAAAAUCUGCAGCUCAGCUAGCUCAAAUCGCCGGACUUUUCGCAGAACACGAGACGCGGGAAGAUGUGAAGCGCGACAGAGGAGAUGAGCUGUUAGCCAUGAUGGAUGACCUCAUGUCAAUGUAGUGAAAUGUGAUUAUUUGAAGGAUUUUGUAAACAAAAUUUAGUCAGGUAUAUUUUCAGACUGUUAUAAAUUGUAACACACCUGACAGACUGUUCCACACCCCAAAAAGAAUGUGCAAAAAUAAAGAUUUCUUUUUUAAUAGUUUUACUCUUGAAUGAAAUUUACCCUCUAUCAUUAAUACUAUCUUGACUGCAGAGCCAUGUACCUUGACUCGCUCAACUCAGACCCCACUUAGUUCACGCCCGAUGCUCGAUGAGCCAAUGACAGAUAAAAUUAUUUCAUGCGGCCACAGGGGGAGUAAGAGUCCAAGAAUGAAAUAAAUAAAGGUUGAAAUAAAUAAAUAAAAAUGGAAAUAAUUCAAUUAAAAUUUACAUAAAUAAAAGCUGAAAAUAAUGAAUAUUAAAAUAAAUAUAAGUUAAAAUAAACAAAAAGUUGAAAAAAUACAU